AUGCCACCCAACUCUUCCCUCCCAGAAUCAAACACAUCCCUAACAUACACUACCCCUUGCUCCCCUCCCCACCUAACCUACACGCCUGUCCCAACACCGUCUCCCAACGAACUCUUGAUAAAAGUCCAUGCUGCAGCCAUAAAUCCUGUGGAUAUACAGCUUUGGGGCAAUCCCGUUGUAGGAUGGCUGGCUGGUAAAAAGGAGAAGGGAAUAGGGAGGGACUAUUCGGGUGUGAUUGUUGCGGUAGGUGAGGAAGUGAAGAAGCAAGGCAAGUGGGAAGUUGGGGACGAGGUGUUUGGAUUGUACAAUAAACCUACUGCAGAAGGAACAUUCACACACUACCUCACCAUCUCCCCCAGCACCUCCCCCUUGGCCAAAAAACCCCCAUCCCUCCCUCACGCCUCGGCAUCCGCCAUCCCGCUCGUCGCCCUAACCGCCUACGCCUGCCUCUCCUGGCUCCCCUCUUCCCCCAGCACCCCCUCGCACCCCUACCGCAUCAUCAUCUCGGGCGCAAGCGGGGGCGUCGGCACGCUCUGCCUGCAACUCGGCAAGCGACUCCACGGCAGCCACAUGACCGCCAUCUGCUCCUCGCGCAACGCCUCAUUUGUACGUUCGCUGGGCGCCGACGACGUCAUCGACUACACCACGCAAAACGUGCGAGAGGCGCUCUUGGAAAAGGUCGGGAAAGAAGGGGUCAAGUAUGAUUUGUACGUUGACUGUGUGGGUGGGACAGACGUGUUUGGGUAUUGGGGCCAGAUACUGCGGAGACAAGGGGCGUAUGUUACGAUUGUCGGGGAUAAGACGGAGAGGACGGCUAUGGGGGGGCCGUUGACGUAUUUUACGUAUCCGAGGCAGGUUCUGAGGUUUGUCAAAGGGUGGCUGGUGGGGCCGCGGUAUGCGAAUGUUAUGUUGUGGGAUAGGAGUGAGUGUUUGGAGCAGGUGGCGGGGUUGGUGGAGAGCGGGGAGGUGAGGGUUGUCGUGCAGGAUGUUGUUGAGGGGAUUUUGAAGGAGGAGAGGUAUGAGGAGGCGUGGGAGAGAGUUAAGGGGGAGAUGGUGGGGGGGAGGGUUAGGGGGAAGAUUGUUGUUGAUGUUUCUAGUUAG